CAAGAUCACGCCUACAUGGACAAUGUGUGCUUCCCGACGUUCCCCACCGCGAGUGCGCGGGUGUACGCGGCGAAGCGCGCCGCUCGCGGCUCCUACAGGUCGAAGGGCAGCGGGCUCGCCAAGGGCCACGUCAAACCGAGAAAGGGCAACAUGUCUUCCUUCGGCAAGAACGUGAACGUCGCCGUGGCCCUCUCCGCAAAGAAGGUGCUCAUGUGCCACGUCGUGGACGGGCGCUGGAACGCUGGGGCGGCGGCGCGGAUGUACCGGGAGGGUUUGGCCCCGGCGUUGCGCAAGGCCUACCCGAAGCAGCAGUCGUUCCUCAUCUUGGAGGACAACGACCCUACGGGUUACAAGGCCAAGCUCAGCAUCGAGGCGAAGCCGCGGGCCCGACGGGCCCGCGGCUUCGCGGGAGAAGUGAAGUGCCUGAAGUUCCCCAAGCGCAGCCCGGACCUCAACCCGCUUGACUACGGCUUCUGGUCCAUUGUCAAUAAGCAACUGAGGGCCCAGGAGCCCAAGUUUCCCCCGUCGAAGAGGGAGAGCCGGGCCGCCUUCAUCCAGCGCCUGAAGCGCACCAUCAUGCGGACCCCGUCGGCGACCCUGGGGCCGCUCGUGAAAUCGAUGAAGCGGCGCUGCGGCGCGUUGCGGACCGCGAAGGGCGCCGACUUUGAGGAGUGA